UGGAACAGAGUGCUUUACAAUACCUUGCUUUCAGUUUUAUUAUUAUAUCACUUACAAAUCAUAAAGAAACAAGUAUCCUUAGUACUGUUGAAAGAACACAUGCACAGAAAUAUAAGAUCAAUAGCGCGGGUAAAUAGAUGAAAGAGGAGAUUAAUAUAGGCAAUUUAUCAGAAUCACAAAAGUUUACAUUCCUCAUAACAAGUUUAGCAUUCUCAAAAGGUAAAAUUUUGUCUCCAAUUUAUGUUUUUCCCUCUUUUUGAUUAUUGUGACUUUUUAAAAUAAUAUGUGUUCAGGGUCUGGAUCAUGAAUGUCAUAGUUAUAGUUGCUUAAGGAAGUCUGUUAACAACUUAUAAAAGAUAAAGGCAGUAGGUGUUUUCAGGAAGAACCUGCACACUCCACUGAAGUGCAGUAUCCAUUAUCAUCUCCAUGUCUUCCAGAAUAAUGAAUGUGUCCAGCAGAGAAACCACCCACACCGUUAGCCACUUUAUCCUCCUCGGCUUCCCCUCACACCCACGAAUGCAGCUCCUCUACUUCGGGCUCUUCUCAGUAGCCUACACCCUGACCCUGAUGGGGAACACAGCCAUUGUCUGCGCUGUGCGGUGGGAUCGGCGCCUUCACACCCCCAUGUACAUCCUCUUGGGGAACUUCUCUCUCCUGGAAAUAUGUUAUGUCACCACGACUGUCCCUAACAUGUUGGCCAACUUCCUGUCCACAAGCAAGUCCAUCUCCUUUGUGAGCUGUUUUGCACAGUUCUAUUUCUUCUUCUCUUUCGGGUGUGAUGAGGGCUUCUACCUUUGCAUCAUGGCCUUUGACAGGUACCUUGCCAUCUGCUGUCCUCUGCACUACCCACGCAUCAUGACAAAACAACUGUGCACUGGCCUCAUCGUCUUUGGGUGGUCCUGUGGGUUCAUCCUCUUCCUAACCCCGGUCAUUCUCAUUUCUCAGUUGCCCUAUUGUGGCCCAAAUGUCAUCAACCAUUUCGUAUGUGAUCCUGUCCCAUUGAUGAUGCUGUCCUGUUCUGAAGACACCACCACACAAUUCAUUUACUCUACUUUCAAUGCCGUUUUCAUGAUUGGCCCCUUUCUCUUCAUCCUCUGCUCCUAUGCUCUGGUGAUUCUGGCUGUGCUAAGGAUGCCCUCGGCAGCGAGCAAGCGCAAGGCUUUCUCCACUUGUGCUUCUCAUCUGGCUGUGGUAAUCCUCUUUUUUGGCUCUGUUAUGGUGAUGUAUGUUAGCCCUGGAUCAGAACACCCAGUGGAAAUGCAAAAACUUGUGACUUUAUUUUAUUCUGUGAUAACACCUUUAUGCAAUCCUCUAAUUUAUAGCCUCCGGAACAAGGAGAUGAAGGCUGCCCUAAAGAAAGUAUGUGGGACUGAAGGACGUGUUAAUAAAAUACAAAUGAGAGCUAAAUUUCAUAUUUCAAAUGCAACUUACCUUAAUAAGACAUAA